AUGCUGUUGAAUUAUCAAAUGGAUCUUAGGGAAACUAAUUCGAAAUUACCGUUUGAAUCAAGAGUAGAUUGUUGCUCGAAUUCAGAUCAACAUGAUUUAUAUAGACCAAGGUCAAGUCAUUCGAUAGAUGAAUUAAGGAAAUACAUGAAUAAGGAACAUAUCUCUAAACAGGAUAAAGAUGUCUCGUUGGACAAGUUGCCAUUUGAAAUAAGAUUAAAGAUUGCAAAUCAAUUGUCGCAAUUUGAUUGCUUGAGUUUGCUAAGAACAAACCGAGCGAUGUAUUCAUCUACUAUCCCAAGAUUAUAUCAACACAUAAUUGUUGACCAGAACUACAGUCAGUUCAACAAAGAAUAUAGCUUCAGGCAUUAUAUUUCGAUUGACGAUUUCAAUGAAUAUGAAGAUUUUUCGUGCUCAUAUAUAAAGAGCCCUUAUAAUUUCAAACGAUUCUUGCAUCACUAUAUAAGACUACAUCAGUCGCUUGAGGAUGAUACGGUCAACUACAAUAAUUUUGGUCCGAAUGUAACUUAUCCAUAUAUUCGAAAGAUUCAAUGCAUUGACUUACCAGAUUCAUUAAACGUGUAUGACUAUGAAUUGAACGAUAACUUGAGUUUGUUUUUUGGAAAAUUAAGUCAUUUGAAAGAGUUGAUUUGGCUUAAUGAUAAUUUCAGAUUGGAGUACUUAGAAAUGCUACCGAAUUACCAGUCGAUAACGACAUUGGUGUUGAAUAUUAAGUUUAGCAAUUAUUUAACGGAAUUACACUCACCAAGCAAAAUUGAAUAUGAUUCUUAUAACUCUCAUGAUAGCGAAGGUACCACUCGGCUGUUGAAGUUUCCUAAUAUAAUCAAUUUUCAAAUUAGACCGUUUCAAAAUUCUAAUAGGCUCGUUAAGAUUAUUAACAGCUUAUUAAUUAGUUGCAAACCAGAUAUUAUAAGUGAUCAUUUAAAAAUUUUGAAAUUAUCGCGAUUUGAUAAAGAUAUUAGUGUUCUAGUGCCACCAUUUCAAAAUUUGGUCACCAGCAGCGAAGUAUCAGAAUUAAACGAACUAGAUUUGGGAACCAUCCAAUCACUAUUUGUGCGGAGUGAGUUGAAAUAUUUAAAUAGUUUAUCAAUUUUGCUGUUUAAUAAUUGCUUGCUCACACCAGACGAUUCACAAACAUUGAUAAAUUCUGUCAAUCUUGCCAAUUUGAAAACGUUGGAAUUGAAAAACAUAUCUGAAUAUCAGAGAAUAAAAACAGUAGUUAGUAAUCCAGAUGAAUUAAUCAACCAUCUACAAACUAGUUUUAUUGUCAAGAUCGCUCCAUAUUUAUCUACUUUGCAGCAUUUAUGCAUCGAUUAUCGAGAAUCCCUUACUGAUAGCGUCCCCAAAUUUUUAAAACUGAUAUCUAGUGAUAGGUUGAAAUCAUUAGACCUAACCAUAAGGUAUAAUCAAAGUAAACUUAAAUCAUUUGAUAAUGAUAUAAAUGAAUUUUAUAGUGCUUACUCGAAUGCAAUAAUUUCGAAGAAUAAAUGCGAAACUUUGAUAAAACUUUCCAUUGAAACAAAAGAAGAAAAUGCAUUUUGCGACCUAAGCAUUCCAAUUCCUUCAAAUUUUUUCUAUGAAGAGUUAAGCAAUUGUCUCAACUUAAGAAGCCUUAGAAUCAACCCUAGUGAUAUAAAUAGUUCUGAGAAGGUGAUUAAGUUGAUUGGCAGUUUGCCAAAGCUAACAAUGCUUGAUGUCAUUGGUUCGCAUGCAGGUGGGGCUCCACACCUUGGUCUAGAAAUGGUGCACCCAACAGUAUAUGUUGAAUGGUUUGGGGUUCAGCAUGCAGCCCUAUUAUACUUACAGUAUAAUAAACACUUGAAGUACAUUAGAAUAAACAAAUGCGUUUUUGAGUGCCAAGGCGAACUGCUCCAGGUUACCCCUCGCGAUGGUAUCGAUAGAUGGUUUAAUGAGCGGGUGAGGGUCGGGUUCAAUAUUGAUGGGUAG